GUUUACUUCCAGACGGGUGAGAAAAGAAAGUUCUCCAAAAAGGGCCAAGCGGAGAUUCUUCUCGGACCCAGCUUAAACACUGUUGAUGGAAGUAUGCGUAUCAACAAUACGAAGACGAAGCGCAUCGUAAACACGCGUGAUUACAGCCUUGAUCCAACUGUGGCGGGUAACACCCGUUCAGCAAAGUCGGCCACACCUUGUGUUGGGGAUAGCGGUUCAGAUAGCGAUGCGUACUUCUCAAGUGUCGAGAAUGAUAUGAUAAAGGAAGAUUUAGAGCGUAAUGAGACGAUCACAGUUCAGAGGACGAACCGGGAUCAUAGACCGUAUUUGAAGCAGAGAUUACUCCUGAAGCAGAUAUAA